UGCCUGCCCACAAUUUGGCAGCACUAACGACGUGACGUCACAUGCAGGCGCUUCACGUUCACGCAACUAAUCCGAAAUGGCGACGGCAAUAUAUUUGGAACAUUAUUUAGACAGCAUUGAAAACCUUCCAUGUGAGCUGCAGAGAAACUUCACACUGAUGCGAGACCUGGACAACAGAACGGAAGAAAAGAAGGUUGAGAUCGACACGCUGGCCGAGGAGUACAUAGCCAAGGUGAAAAACUUGGCGUCAGAACAACGGGUGGAGCACCUGCAGAAGAUCCAAAGCGCCUACAGCAAGUGCAAAGAGUUCAGCGACGACAAAGUGCAGCUAGCCAUGCAGACCUACGAGAUGGUGGACAAACACAUACGGCGGCUGGACGCCGACCUGGCGCGUUUUGAGAACGAGCUGAAGGAGAAGCUGGAAGUGAGCGGCUAUGAAAGCGCAGAUGGACGAGUAUUGAAAAAAGCAGAGUCCCGCAGCCUCAGAGAGAAGCGCAGCUCUCGGGGACGAGCAAGGAAAGGUUCUGAUGAAGAUUCUCCGAAAAAGAAAAAGAUGAAAAACAGCCCGGACUCGACCGACGCCCUCCUGCCCAUGCAGCCGUCUGACGUGCUGGACAUGCCGGUGGACCCCAACGAGCCCACCUACUGUCUGUGUCACCAGGUGUCGUACGGGGAGAUGAUCGGCUGCGACAACCCAGACUGUCCCAUCGAGUGGUUUCACUUUGCCUGCGUCGACCUCGCCACAAAGCCAAAAGGAAAAUGGUUUUGUCCACGAUGCACUCAAGACAAGAAGAAAAAAUAAGAAUAUUGCGGUAGUAAAAUAGUGUGAUUAUAUACAGAAAUAUAUAUUUUCGCUCCUCGUCGUACAAGCUUGCUUAAUAAGACCGACUGUGGAUUUUGGAAGUGAUGUGAUUCCAGACAAGUAUUAACUUUAACAGCUUCACGCUCACUUUUCUCACCCAUUAUACGACAGUCUACUUUGCUUGUAAUAUAUUUUAGGAUACUUGAAUUUAUGAGUUAUUUUUUUUAUAAAAGCCUGCUGAGAAAUUAAGCUUUUUUUUUUUUUUUUUUUUUUAAACAACCUCACUGAGAUUUGUGUCAGAGCGUCCGAUAUUUCGUUGACCUACUACCUCCAGCACAGAUGUUUAAACAAAAUCAGAUCUCCUCAAACCAAACCCAUAAACAUGAGGUUCCUAGUCUGAUUAUUUUUUUUCCACGAAAACAAAUAAAUGAAUCAAAAUGUGACCUUGUUGAAUGUAUUGUGGUACUGGUGGUAUCAAAAGCACUUUUGACAAAAUGUUUCCCUUUUGACAAUGCAAAGUUUAUAUACUUAAAUUUAAUUUCAAACCUCAGAUUAUAUGGGGGAAAUAUAUAUCAGAUGUUAGUUUGUCAAUUUUUUGUGAGGGUUUUGUCCACUAACAAAUUGUUUAAUCAGCCUUAAGUGUCUUCUCUCAUGGUUGAAUGUGAACGCAAGUCAUGUAAGCCACAGAUAAAGAGCCAAAGGCAAUGUAUUUUGUACAUUCAAUAUUUUAUAUAUCAAAUAAAUAUCCUCUAUUAAUCAA